GAGGCAUGAGGCUCUCUACAACGACAGACGUCAGUAUGGUUCACCGUCUGCCGGUGUGAACGUGUUACACUGCCCUAUGUGGAUUACCUCUUUAGUGCUUCUCUCUCGUUUCACUGCUUUCGACCAGAUAGAGAUAAGAGCUACUGAAAAUCUCCUCCUUCAGACUGGAGUUUUAAAGGAUUUCAAAAAAUGAUGCUCAUUCAAAGAUAAGGGUACUAAUAUAGACAUAAAAGUUGAGCAAUACAUUACUGCAGUGAUCCAGCAACUCAUGACAAAUUUGCUUGUAACAACAAGUUAACAACCGAUAGCAGAGGAGGAUAAAUUGGGAAAAAUCAAUAUAAAAAAGAUGCCAAAGGAAAUGACAACAACAAACAUGUAAAAUCAACCAAAGUGUGUGCAACGUUUGAUAAUUACUUCGUACAACUAUAGAUAUGGGGCCAAAGUUGUACGAUCAUAUAAAUAAUAGACAUUCAAAGAACGAACAAUUUUGGUACAGAGACAUUCAUAAAAAUAGUUUAUCAAUGAUACAUCACUUCAAAACCAGCAGAUUAAAUUAAUAGCGUGAUACUAGUUUAACUAUUAUGUGACAAAAUCGAGGUUAGUCACAAAUUGUGACGUUCAAAUUGUUGAUGCAUAGAGUGCGUGAUAUUUGAAUCUACAUGAACUAGUAAAAUAUUUCAUUAGUAACAGUCAUACCAAAAUAUUAAUGACAGUAUUGAAAUUAAGAGACUAUCUAGUACCAAUCAUUUGGGAAAUACGCUUCUUUCACUAGUUCAUUUUUGUAGAGACCAAGAUUGAAGAGGCAAUAUAGUAUUAAAUAUUUGGAAAAAGGUACGCUUUGUUCUUCUUAGACUAGUUCAUUUUUGAACAGUAUUAAGAUUAAUUGACAUACAAUAUAGUAGCAAUUAUUUGGGAAAUACGCUUUGUUUUUGUAAGACUAGUUCAUUUUUAAACAAUUUAUUAAGUAGUUCAUUUUUGUGUGGUGUUAAAUGUGAAACUACUAAAUUCGCUCAAGUUGAUUGUUGUGAAGAAAAACUAAGUCAUCAUUCCGAAACUAAAUCAAUAUAAAUUUCUUAUAGAAAUUAAAUCAUCAUUGUUAAAAUAUUCAGUCAAGUAACAGUGUGUAGUGUUAUUGAAUUGAAACUACAGUGUGUAGUGUUGGAACAAUUAACCAAUUCAAAUUUGAGACUAUCGUGAAAAUGGUAGACAUCGGGACGAUAGUGGUGGGCGCUUUGAAAGCCGCAUCAGGUUUGGUGGGGAUAUCGAAGUUAUGGUUUCUGCCGACGUUUUUGGCGGCUCUAGCCUAUUAUAACUACGACAUCUAUGAUCCGGAAAAUCAACCACUAAAUACGAACAAUAUCAGGGAAGAAUAUGACUUCAUAGUGGUGGGGGGAGGGUCAGCAGGAUGUGUGAUGGCUAAUAGACUGACCGAGGUGCCUCAGUGGACCACACUUUUGCUGGAGGCCGGAGGCCAAGAGACUGAACUCACCGAUGUGCCAGUCCUAUCUCUCUACCUCCACAAGAGCAAAUUCGAUUGGAAAUACAGAACACAACCAUCAGAUACAGCAUGUCAAGCGAUGAAGGACAAAAGAUGCUGUUGGACUAGAGGAAAAGUGAUAGGAGGAUCCUCUGUACUGAACACUAUGCUCUACAUCAGAGGAAACCGGAGGGAUUAUGAUUACUGGGAAGCCCUGGGAAACGAGGGCUGGGGCUACGAGGAUAUCCUGCCCUAUUUUAAGAAAUCGCAGGACCAGACCAAUCCUUAUUUGGCCAGAAACACUAGGUAUCACGGCACUGGGGGCUACCUCACUGUCAUGGAUGCCCCUUGGAUGACACCUCUUGGUGUGGCGUUCCUGCAGGCAGGUGAAGAAAUGGGUUACCCCAUAACCGACGUGAACGGUGAAAAUCAGACCGGAUUUUCGUUCUACCAGUUCACGAUGCGGCGUGGCUAUAGAUGCAGUGCGGCGAAAGCAUUUCUGCGACCCGUCAGACUGAGACAAAAUCUUCAUGUGUCAUUAUGGUCACAUGUGACGAAAAUAUUAAUAGAUGCCGAGACGAAACGAGCGUAUGGCGUCGAAUUCAUUAAGAACGGCGUCAAGAAAACCGUCCUCGCCAAACGAGAAGUGAUACUCUCUGCUGGCGCAAUCGGGUCACCUCAGUUACUCAUGGUGUCAGGGGUUGGACCAGCAGCCCAUUUGAACGAGUUGAAUAUCCCAGUAAUCCACGAUUCUCCAGGAGUAGGAGAGAACUUGAUGGAUCACAUCGCCGUUGGAGGAAUUGUAUUCCAAGUGGACUACCCAGUCAGUCUUGUCAUGAAUCGAGUGGUCAACUUGAACGCAGCUCUCAGGUAUGCAGUGAGCGGAGAUGGUCCUCUAACUUCCAGCGUCGGUCUUGAGACAGUGGGAUUCAUCACCACAAAAUACGGAAACAUAUCAGACGACUGGCCUGACAUGGAGUUUAUGUUGACCUCGACAACUACCAGCUCCGAUGGGGGUACAGCAUCUGCCAACGCACAUGGUCUCACCAAGGAGUUCUACGAUGAUUUCCUGGGGGAUCUGUCGAACAAGGAUGUGUUCGGUGUGUUCCCCAUGAUCCUCAGGCCGAAAAGUCGGGGAAGGAUCAAGUUAAAGAGUAGCAACGCUCUCCAUUAUCCUCUCAUGUACCAUAACUACCUCACACAUCCUGAGGAUCUCAGGGUCCUGAGGGAAGGAGUGAAAGCUAGUCUAGCCAUUGGUGAGACGUUAGCAAUGAAGAGAUUUGGAGCCCGCUUCCACAGGAAAACUGUGCCGGGCUGCAAACAUCUGCCCCCUUUCACCGAUGAAUACUGGGAAUGUUUCAUCAGACAAUACACUAUGACAAUCUACCACAUGUCAGGUACUUGUAAAAUGGGUCCCAGCACAGAUCCUGAAGCAGUGGUCGAUCCGCAACUCAGGUUGUAUGGAAUUCAAGGACUCAGGGUGAUUGAUGCAUCCAUUAUGCCUCAGAUUACAAGUGGCAACAUCAAUGCACCUGUUAUCAUGAUUGCUGAAAAGGGGGCAGACAUGAUUAAAGAAUUUUGGUCGCAACAAGAUGUUGUAUGAUGAAGUUUCUGUGCAAAAGUGAUGUUGAUAAUCUGAAUCUUCAUCAUGUUUCAUGGUGAAAUUUCAGUGUAAAAGUGAUGUUGAUAGACUGACCAGACAUAGCCGGCGUAGCUGGGUGAUCAGAAGCUCCACAACUUCAGUCAGGUCAAUGGUUUCAUCGCUGUUGGGAAAUUUUACAAAAAUAACUAUGAUGAAUCAUCCGUGACAUUUUUUAAACCGUUAGUUGUACAAUAAAAAUGUAUGUAAAUUUAACAAUAAAAUUGUUAUUAUAGCAAAUUAUAGAGGGGAAUAAGCGUUUAGCCUAAAUUAUCAACUGACAGAAGAACUCAGUAUAAAAUACUAAAAAUUUAGCAGACUUAACAUGUUUGUGAACCAUGUGUAGGUUGACAAUCAAUUUUCUAUGUGAAAGAUGACACUGUCAGAUACACUGAUAUCAGAUUGAUUUAGGAUCAACUACUUCCUCCAGUAGAAAUGAUUUUUUUAAAAAUAGCAUAUCAUGACUUCAAAGCAGAAACGUCUAUUUUCGGCCAGGACUCAAUUGAGUAUGAUGGAAUGUUCUAAAAUUUGCACAUCAGGAAUUUAAUGCAUUGAAUCAAAUUUUAUGGCAGGACUCAGGAGGUUAUUCGAGGCAAAGGAUUUUUAAAAUACAACUAAUUCGACAAUAGUUUCUAUUAAGACAUUCCACAAGAAAUAUAAAGUAGGUACUGUAUAUUUCGUGAGAUUUUAUAUCAAUGACCUUCAAGCUGUUUGUCAAAAUAGAAAUUAUGGUAUGUAUUUGAUAGUUGAAAGAAUUGUAUUGAUUAAGGUUGAUUCAGAUCGAAUAAUGAUA